ACAGCGGUUGGUACUGAGCGAAGUACGGCGGCACAAAUAUCGUCUGUGUGUGUGUGUUUUUCUGCGGUUUAACGUUUCCAAAAGUUGAUAUCUGCAAGUAUGCAGUCCGAAUCGGGAAUUGUUCCCGACUUCGAGGUUGGAGAGGAGUUUCAAGAGGAGCCGAAAACGUAUUACGAAUUGAAGAGUACACCCUUGAAAAACAGCAGCCCAUCGGACCAGCACGGCUCCUCCAAGCCCCCGCUGAGCUCCUCGGCCAUGACAUCACGCAUCCUGCUGCGGCAACAGCUGAUGCGGGAGCAGCUUCAGGAGCAGGAGCGGCGGGAGCAGCAGAGACAACAGGCCUCCCAGUACCCGCAAACCACAGCGGCCCAAACCCCAGCCAUCAAUGUCAGUGUGCCUGUCAGUUUGCCGCCUGCUGCACAGGUACCGAUGGAGGUGCUGAAGGUCCAGACUCACCUGGAGAACCCAACCAAAUACCACAUCCAGCGCUCCCAGCAGCAGCAGGUGAAACAAUACCUGGGGAAGCUUGGCUCUCAGGCGUUGAGCUUGCCCUGCCCCAACCAGUCCUCUGACCACGGGGGCAUGCCGCCAGGGCCGGGCAACAGUGCCCCCAACAGCCCUAUGGCCUUACUGACCCUGAACUCUAACUGCGAGAAAGAGAUGGAUGAUGUCAUUGAUGACAUUAUUAGUCUGGAGUCCAGUUACAGUGAUGAUAUCCUUGGCCUGAUGGACCCGGGACUUCAGAUGGCUAACACGAUCCCUGUGCCUGCAAACCUCAUGGACAUGUAUGGUAAUCAGGGUAUGUCCCAGCAAGGUCUGCCCAUCAGCAACUCCUGCCCUGCCAACCUGUCGAACAUCAAAAGGGAAUACUCUGUUUCACAAUCCCCGGCCAUCAUGCAUAUGCUGGAUAAGUCUGGAUCCUGUGGCAAAUUUGACAACUAUCAAAGGCCUGAAGGGUUCCCUGUGGAAGCUGAGGUAAGAGCUAUGGCGAAGGAAAGACAGAAGAAGGAUAACCAUAAUUUGAUUGAGAGAAGACGACGGUUCAACAUCAACGAUCGAAUCAAGGAAUUGGGAACUUUAAUUCCAAAAUCCAAUGACCCGGACAUGCGCUGGAACAAAGGCACCAUCCUGAAGGCAUCAGUGGACUACAUCAGGAAACUGCAGCGGGAGCAGCAGAGGGCAAAGGAGCUGGAGAAUCGUCAGAAGAAGCUCGAGCAUGCCAACCGACAUCUGAUGUUGAGGAUACAGGAGUUAGAGAUGCAGGCCCGGGCUCACGGGCUGGCCAUCGCAUCCUCAGCGCUCUGCUCUGCUGAACUCGGGGCCCGGACCAUCAAGCAGGAGCCAGCCCUGGAGGACUGUCACCAGGACCUGUACACGUUCCACCCCCAUCACCAACACCACCCCGCCUGCACUCCCGAACCACCCAGCACCCUGGAGCUAAACGAAGGCCACUCUAACUUCCCCGAUGGCCACUACAGCGUCCACAGCAAGCCAAGCUCCAAACUGAACGACAUCCUCAUGGAAGACACCUUAUCACCGGUGAGAGGGGGGGACCCUUUGCUCUCGUCCGUCUCCCCAGACACCUCAAAGGACAGCAGCCGCAAGAGCAGUGUAAGCAUGGAUGAGAAUGAGCAGGGCUGUUAGCACCCCCUACUGGAAGACACCUCACCUGCAUCUUCAACCCCUUCAUCCUGCUGCACGUGUUCCUGUCAGUAGCUAACUCACUCUCAGCUGCUGGAGAGGCUUUCUCCUCUUUGUCAUUUGUUUAUGUUUUUAUUUUUGUCUCCCCCACCCGUGUUUACAUGUAUUGAUUCUUUUCCAUUCAUGUUUUUUUUUUCUUUUCUUCGUUUUCUGUGAUAUCUUUGUCUUUUCAAGCCCUCAACCUUGAUUUCAAGGACUGAUUUUAAAGUAUGUUUGCUUUAAUCAAUACUUUGAUGACAAUGAGUUACAAAAAUAGAAGUUUUUAUAUUUAAAAAAAAAAAAAAGCAUUUAUCUUUGGAUAGAGGCUAGAUUAUGUUUAUUUCUAUUGAUUCCAAAGAAUCUAGGGAAAUUAUAAAUCAUGGUCAGAAAUGUAGAUAUUUUGUGGUGAGAUGAACACUGCUUUUUAAAUCACUAGCAAUAAUAGAAGAAAAAAAAUCUAUUUAUUACAAUAGUGCUUUACACUCCUUGUGUCUUAGAUUGAACUUGAAUGUGCCAAUGCCUUAUUAAGAUGUGUAUACAUCGAUGUUGUAUUGCUAUGCACAUGUUUUGGCUGUUAGCUGAGUCUUUGUCAGUCUUCCAGUUGAAAUUUCUUCCUUGACAAAUAUUAAUCAUUUGUAGAUUUGAUCUUAUUUAUGUAUCUAUGUAAACAGGACUUUAUGUACACAUUCCCCUUAAAAAUUAAUUUAUAACAGGGCUUUUUAAAAGAUCCUGAGAUAAUAAAUAAAAGCACAUUAAAAGCAAUCCUAAGCUAAAACGUCUCCUUCUAGAUAAUUAAUUGAACAAAAUCACCAUCAAUAAUUGAUAAAUGUAGUCUUUUCUUCAGUGUCAUAAUGUCAAAAUGCAGCACAACAAUCCAGUAACAAGAGAGAAAGGUCAAGUUUCACCAUUAACCACGCAUCCUUUAACCACCCAUGCUUAUUGAUCCAGCAGUGUGUACCAGAUACACCCAUCAGCCAACAUUAAAACCACCUGAGUGGUGUAGGUCCCCUUCGAGGUCCUCUGAAACUGUCCUGUGGUAUCAGGCACCAAGACAUUAGCUGCAAAUCCAUUAAGUCCUGUAAAUUGUGGGGCUUCCAAGGAUCUGACUUGUUUUUCCAGCUCAUCCCACAGAUGCUCGAUCGGAUUAAGAUCUGGGGAAUUUGUAGGCCAGGGCAACAUCUUGAACUCUUUGUCAUGUUCCUCAAACCAUUCCUGAACUUUUUUUUUCAGUGUGGCAGGGUGCUUUAUCCUGCUGAAAGAGGCCACUGCCAUCAGGGAAUACCAUUGCCAUGAAGGGUUUUACUUGGUCUGCAACAAUGAUUAGGUAGGUGGUGCGUGUCAAAGUAACAUCCACAUGAAUGUCAGGAUCCAUGGUUUCCCACAAGAACAUUGCCCAGAGAGCUGCCUCCCCCGGCAUUCCUCCUGUCCAUCAUGCAUCCUGGUGCCAUCUCUUCCCCAGGUAAACAAUGUAGUUCACCAGACCAGGCCACCUUCUUCCAUUGCUUCAUGGUCCAGUUCUAAUACAGUUCAGACGUUCCCAGUGUCAGCACUUUUGGGGGUGGACAGGGUUCAGCAGAUGCAGGAAGCUGCAAUACACUUUGUGUUCUGACAGCUCUCUACCAUAGCCAGCAUUUAGGUUUUCAGCACUUUGUGCCACAGUAGCUCUUCUGUGGGAUUGGACCAAACAGGCCAGUCUUUACUCUACCCAUGAUUCUGUCACCGGUUCACUGGUUGUCCUUCCUUGGACCACUUUUGGUAGGUACUAACCACUGCAUACUGGGAACACCCCACAAGACCUGCCAUUUUGGAGAGGGUCUUUUCUGACCCAGUCAUCUAGCCAUCAAGAUGUUGCCCUUGUCAAAGCUUCAAGAACUGACUGUUCACCUGCUGCCUAAUAUAUCCUACCCCCUGACAGAUUGUAAGGAGAUAAUCGAUGUUAUUCUUAUCACUUGUCGUGGUUUUAAUGUUGUGGCUGAUUGGUGUUUAUUACAAUACAUUCCUCACUGCCAAAAAACACAGAUUUUUUUACUUAAGCAAUUAAACAACAAACAAACAAAUUUCAAAGAUUUUCUUAUGAUGCAGAGUCUCAAAAAUAGUAGAAUCUUAGCUCAAGUCAAAAUCAAGGCAAUAGUAGCCCUGACAUGCGCACAAGAAGCUGAUUUCACUUGAUAGAUCUGAAUAUUCUUACAUAAUUCUACAAAUAUUUGAUAUGUGAUUGAUGUUCAAAAUAUGAAUCUAUUCAGUUUUUAUUGUAUUCUUGCCUGUAGUGAUCAGACGUAUAGAACUGGUAAAACUGCCAUUAUUUCAGCACAUGCAGUAUAUUGUAAUACUUCAAACGUGUUGAUGCAAGUGCUCAGUUUUUAUAAUUGUCCAUCCAUUUCCUAUAUUAUUGUUGUUGUUUUUUUUUUGUUUUGUUUUUUUUUACAUCACUGCAAUGACAUUUCACAUUCAGGAUGUUCUUUUUUCCAUUAUGUGAACAUUUAUAUUGCCAUGGAGUAUAAGGAGACUGCUUUGGGAUUUUGUAUGAAAUGCAUGACAUUGUCCAAACACUGGAAUGACCUCUGUAAAUUGAAACAUGGAUUGUUUGCCUUUCUUUUUUUUUUGUAUCUAAGCAUAAACUAACUAUUGUAUUUGGCUUUUCAAAUGCAUACAGAAUAUUGUAUGAGAUUGUAGAUUCUUGAUGGUGUAUGGUUGUUGUAUAUUUCAGCAAUUUGUUUUCAACAGUUGUAGCACAUUGCAUAAGUAUGCCUUCUUGAUAACUACCUUGCCAUAAACUGAGAGCCCUGUUACAGCACAGCCUCCAUUUGGUUAAACUAUGCAAUGGCAGAAGUUGUGCCUGUAGAGCAGCAUCAUGUCUUGACAAUGUGAUCUCCUUAUGAAUUAGUCUAAAACAGUAUCGAAGUGAUUAUCUUUUUCAUUGAUUUAAGUGCCUUAGUCAUUUCUGUUACCGUGGUGAUGUAAGAGGAGUGAUGCAACAUUUUGUUGAUGUUUAUAUUGAUGUUUGGUGCUUCAUGGAUUAACCUGAAGAGUUACGCUGAGUUACGGGAGAGCAGUAGGACGGGGCCUUAAGUCAGAUAACACUAUAAGAACCACAAGACCAAAGUGUUCGAUAUAAAAUAAAUAAGGCAUUGUGAAAUACAUAAUCAUAAAAGUAAAUAGUGAAAUGGAUAAUUAAACCACUAAAUUCUGAAAUAAUAAGUUAUUAAAAUCAUUAUUAUGGAAUGUUAGUUUAUUUUUAUUCUCAUAGCAGCAGAGUUUUAUUUAUUUUGUUUUUAUUUCAGUAAAGAAAUAUUUGUUUGACAGUGCCUUUUAUCAAAAGUGUUUUUAUUUCAUAUAAUGUCACUGUCGUGAAAGGUUUUUUCAUUGGGGGAAAUACAAAGCAAUGAAAAUAGGAAUGAUGACAUUUCAUUUUGAUUUGAGCUGUAAUUGAACUGUAAAUGUUAUUGCCCAGUUUUUAACCAAUCCUUCAGCUUUUCAUAUAUCAGCAGUCAUAAUUUCAAUGUGUUCAAUACUUUAUGAUUAUUUAUUUCAUAACAUCUUCUUUGUGUAUUUAAUAUGGAACACUUUGGAGCUGCAUGUUUUGGCUGUGCAUUUUGUUUUUAUCUUUAUAAAGGUCUAAUUCUACACUUUAAGACAGUGUUUUCCAAAGUUGUACUGAAUAUUCAGAAUUGUUUUGAGAAUGUAGGAUAUGAAUAACUAUGAACAGCUUAGCUGAUGCACCGUUAGUGGCUUUUCUCCUUCAUAAUAAAAAGCAAUACCUACAGCAAGAUGGCAAUCAGGCAAUGAAUAAGGUACAAACAGGUGAGGUUGGAAAUAGUAAACAAGAAUCUUAACUCAUGAUCCACUUUUGUAACCUUUUCCAGAGCUUUCAGUUGCAUCUCAGUCUUCAAUUAGAAACACUGAGCAAACACUACCCACUGAUAAACACCUUGAAAGGUCUGUAGAAAGGUAGUAAGUGGACACUGAUUUAAGAUCUUUUUGUCACAGGUGAAGUAUAGCAUCAGUGGACUGCAAAAUGACCCUUAUGAUCACACGGAGCACAGGUACUGAGCCUUAAUACUGCAGCACACACAGGCCUGCAACAUUGCCCUGUGAUUGAACCCAGAUCAGCUUUAGAUAAAUCAUCUAAACCCUGUAAUGUGACUUGUCAGAAUGAACAUCAGCAUUACAUGUAGGUGGUGGCAGCACUUAAUUUAAAGCCAUCUCUAUGACUGAUUUCUCAUAAUGAAUCUUCCAACUGUUAGUUAUUAUGGCACAUUAUGGGUAAACCACUAAUGAAGAACCAUGUUAGCUCAAUUUAGACCUCUGUGCUCAUUCUCAUCCCUGUGGUUCAUACAGACAGGUUCUCUGCUGAUGUUGCUACUGUUCUUAUUGUUACAGUUUAUAUGAGAUGAAUGUAGCAAUUAUUACUGUACGCACUGGUUUCAGAUUAGUGAACUCAAACUCAUUGGUACUCAAUGUGGAAACAAUGUUGUGAGAAAUAUUAAAAGUUUUAUUUGAA